AAUGCACAACUAAAGAGACUCUGAAUGUGAAAGUUUUCAAUCCCAAGUAUCAAGUACCUGAAGAGAGGUUACUUAAACUUUUAAGAGAAGCGAACCUCGAGAGUCAUGGCUACAAGAAAGAAGUCGUCGACAAGAUGGUGAGCGAGCCUGGUAGCGGCAAAAAAGGCACAGAGAAGUCUUUCUUGUUUUACCAGAUUGUUGAGUGUUCACGCGCACGGUUGAGGGAGAUUGAUCAAGAGCUGAAAAACUUACUGCCAGGUGUAUUCAAUAACGAAAUGGUGAAAAAGAUCAACAAAGAAAUAGAUGCCAAAGGUCUGACCAAAAUGAAGCAAUGCAAAGUGGGCUUGGAGAUUCAUUUCAAGCAACAAUGUUUCGACAAAAAGAAAACUGUUCGUCGUCGCAAGCGUCGCUGUGGUAUUUGUCUUUUUUGCUGGAGCGCAGCUUUUUCUGAUUAGGCGUUUUCUAAGCUUAAACGCUUCCAAGCGCCCAAAAGGGUAUCGAGUAAAUGAGGGGUUAAGAUUAUAAAUCAAGUUUUUACCUCAAAAAUGUAUUCCUUUCUUUGUUUCGAUUAAGGGAUCAAUGUAUUCAAGGUCUUUUAAGACAGAUUGAAUAAAAGUUGGGCAAAUUUUGAA